AGACGUCGUCGCUGCCCGCGGAUCCGUUCGGGGUGCCCGGAACCAUCCCCUGCUCGCCGAUAACGCUCUUCGUUCGGUAAGGCUGUCUUCCUAGCGAUCGCGUGGUGGAUCGGCGUCCUUCCUGUGGAUCGUUUCUGUUGCACACGUUUGUUUCCUGCGUUCCGUGGAACAUUCGACCCCCGCGUGCGAAUCUCGUUUUCCCCGGAUCUCGAUUCGCGAAGAUUGACGGCGACUCCCGCCCCCAGAGAGAUCGCGCGUCCAUCAUCGCCGAGAGCAUCGCCUCGAGCUUCAUCGGGGGAUGCGCGUAGAGAGAACACGAAUGCGCAAACAGGGAUUUAUUUAUUUUGGAUUCGCAUCGCGUGUUUCGCAAAGCGGCAAACAUCUCCUUCAUCGGCGUGGAUAGCAACAGCAGGAGUUUUAGCGCCGCGGAUUUUUCUGUGGAUGUUGGGCUUCUGGUGUUACACGGAGUCAUCGUCUACCGUCUCUUCGCCAUCUGAGGGCAUUGUCUCUGGUAUCUUUUAAAAUACAGAAAUAAACAUAUCGUCAGCAGGAAUACAAACAUGGAAAUUUAAUGCUGUAUUUCCAGUGGAUUUAUACAUCUGUUAGCUUUGGUAUACUGAUACAAAAUGCAACUUGUUUAUCAUUACUUGGAUGCUCAUCUUUUCAUAAUACUGUCCACAUGAGAGAGUUAACUUGACAAGAAUUAAUGGUGCUUCUGCGCAUCCUCUUAUCAGCACAAUGGAACAGCCAGUUAAGAAAAAACAGCGCACUGAGAAUCACAGAGAUGAGCUUGAGCAGCUGCAAAAUAGUCUGCUCAAACGUUGUUUGUGCCAUGUGCCGGAAAGCAGUUUGUACAAACCGUUCAUCAAUGCUAAGAGCGAGGGGAGUGAUGGUAGAAUCCGCUUUGCCAUGUUAUCAGAGUGGCGACUAGAACAAAUUUUGGAGUUUCUAAGUGCUCUUCAACUGCUGUUCGAUCUAGCAAUCAAGCAAAAUAUGAAAGGCAUAAUGUGCACGAGAAUUGCAGAUAUUUGCAACAUACUUGCGCAAAAUGAACACGGUAUCAUUAAUCAAAUCAUUGACCUGUCUUACAUGUCCAACCGAUUUGUGUUGUACGCCGCGAGCCGCGUGCUCGCAUCGUUUUUUAUCAUCACGAGAGAAAACGUGGAAGCUGCCUGGUUGGAAACGCUCACGCAAUCUCUAGUGGACACUUCGUCUCCCAGUCAAAUGCUGUUUACUUUGGACAUAGUCACGAGAGUGAUCGAGCACAAGGACACGGACGGCACACAUCCGGAAGAGGCGGAGGCGUAUAUGCCGCCGAUUAAUUGCAACAAGAUCACCAUCUCCGAAAGCUUUGACAGCACCGAGAUCAAAGCAAUGUGCGUGAGAGCGCUCGAGUCCAAGUGGAUCACUGUCGUGACGAAUUUUCACGAUAUCCUCAGCCAUUAUACACCUCAGUACGAAUCCGUCGUUAUUACAUUCUUACAUUUGUGGGAAACUAUUAUUUCCGUCAAGGCAAACUUGUCCAUAAUCGAUACCAAACUCUUCUAUUCGGAACUAGACCAUUUGGUGAGGUUGCUGAUCAGUGUGCCGGGCGUGAUCUGGCGACACAUGCUCAAUCUCUUUAACGAAGUGCUAUGCUAUGGCAGUACCUUAGCGUUACAGGAUGGUCUGCCCGAAGAGCCGUGUUCUCUGGCGCAUUUGGUUUUACGAGCUGUCAAGGACUCGCGACUGCUCGAGGCGUUACCGUACCGUGACGGCUCGGGCAGGUUCGGCGGCGGUACCGGCGAUGGCGAUCGUCCAUUGCUACAGAAAAUGGUGCUGCUGGUGUUGAAGAGUGUCGCCGUGACCGUAAGGGAAACUCGCAGCGACUCCAGCGAUUCGUCACUCGGUUCCGAAGCUGAAGAUCUUGACGAGGAUAUGGCGAUGAUUGAGAGAAGUAUCCGCGAGGUGUUGCGUCAACUGGAUCAAUGCGUAAAAGCGUUGAUGCCCUUUCAUCCGGACAUGCCACUGUCGCAAUGGGUAGUGCAGAUAUUCCAGGACCAGGACGACUUCUUAAUCGAGGGUAUGGUUUGCUGCUUGGAUGUCGCAGUGGGUCUCUUCUAUCGCGGAUCGCCACAGAAUGAACGUACGAAUCUGAGCCGCAUGCUUAGUCCGACACUGACUUUUGUGCAGUUCAUUCAUACUGUGACGCACGAUUCGAGCGUGCUGCUGGAUUUGCUGGUGAGCAACGAGACCUGUUUUCUCCUGUACCUGUUGCGAUUUCUCAAAUAUGUCAGACGUAACUGGGCCGAGUUCGUCGCGUGCUGCGGCGGAGAAUUGGAUAAUACUAUGGGCGUACUAGUUAGACUAAAAAUGUCUAUCGACCGACUGGUGAAGAAAGCUCUCUUUCCUUACAACAUUAAUCCGGUUCUUCGUCUACUUGAAAAAUGCGAAUCCUUCUACGAGAAUCCUUCCAUCGCGGAAAACAACCUGUCCGUCGUGUAAAAUAGAAGAAUAUAUUUCGUAAUGUAUAAAAACAAAAAUUUGUGCGAAAUCUAAAUUGUUCCGGAUGUUAGUUAUGUUUUGCUAGCUAUGUAACAUAUCGCAUGUAAAUGUACAGAUCGCCGAGUUUGUGUUUUUAUAUAUAAUAGACAAAAAACAAAAAACGAUUAAAAAAACCUCUUUCACCAGUCCCGUCUUCGAUGGAUUUAGAAAGACAACAAUUGUCUUUAAUUUAUAUUAGUUUUUUAGUCAAAAAUUGUUUUACACAUAGAAAAUAAGAGACGAAAAAAAAAAAAAAAAUGUCUGUUCGGUGAGAUCCUGGGAUUUUAUAAAUAUACAAUCGAACUAGUACAAAAGGGGAAUAAAUUCUCAUUUGUUCUCUCGAAAACUAAACUGCUCUUUCGCGAGGUGCUAAUAAAACACAACCAAAGCACCAGUUGAAAUAACUUUAUUAUAUAUACAACUUAGGAGAGAUAGGGAAAAUAAAAAUUAUUUAUACCUCGAAUUUUCUGUACAAUUUGACGAACAACACGUAAGAUAUAUAUGUAACUCUCUUUGUAAAUGUAACUUUAUUAUAUUUCAAUAAUAAUUGCGAUAUAUGUACAUAUAUCUCAUAAAACUAAAACGUUUGUAAUGCAUAUCUCAUUAACUGAAAUGUUCUAUUUUCUUUUAGUAUAUAAAUUAUUUAAAAAAAAAAAAAACAUAUAUAUAUAUAUAUAUAUAUAAAAACUUCAAAAAUUUUUACGAAUCAACGUAUAAAUUUAGAAGUUUAUUUCGGCACGGAAGAAAAUUAUGAAAAUUUAACAGAAAGUUUAUAACAGAAGAUGAAAAUUUAUAACAGAAAGUUUGUAUUAUUGUCAAAUCGGAUUUCUGAUAGAUUAGCACGAGAAACUCGUCGUUAUUAGCUUUUUCAUUUCUGAAAACUUUUCAUUAGCACAUAAUGAGAGAAAAUGUCAAAGGAUUAAUACUUUUUAUUAUUUAUAUAUUUUUAUACCGACGGAGAAAAUAAAAGUCUUAUUACAGCACUUAACAGAGACGCUGCCUUUAAAUAACACAACACCGGUAGUUCUCCUCAGUAGUUGUGAAAGUUUCGAGAUAAAUCAAUUGUAAAUAGUAGCAUUAUUAACGUUUAUUAUACAUACUUUUUUAUAAUUAUGACGUCACGUUUAAUUCAAUUCUCCUUAAUUGAAUGUGUGACUCCGUUAUCGGGAAUUGCAAUAUCGAAUUUCCAAUAUAACAAACAAAGGUUUUCUAAUUUUGCGAGAAGACCAUUUAUCGAUGUGUAUAGUCGCACACACACGCACGUUCUUUCCUAAUCAAAUAAUUUAUUAUCAUCAUCUUUCCUCACAUACAUGAAAUACACAAUUGUCAUUUUCGAGACUUUUUUAUGAUCGUACAUGUAUAGUCCAACGAUUGUCCAAGUGACGAUGUCCACGAUUGAUCGCACAACAGUGUUCGAUACAUUGAUUAGAGCGAUGUAACGCGCUUAUCUCAAUCCGUCCAAAAUUCCUUCUUCCUUUCCGUUUAUUUUAGAGUAUCAAGUAGAAUUAAGUUACUUUUUUUUUGGCGUAUUUUCUUUUAUAAAAUUACGCUACACACAUUUUCUAUUUGUAGAAUUUGCAAAUCUAGCUCUAUUUAAAAAACAAAACAAAAAAAUGCACCACCGAUCGGUAGAGACGAUCUUUUCGAAACAAAACCUAUUUGGUUAUUAAAUUGACAAUUUGUAUUUGUCGAUAAAUAAUUUUGUAUUUGUGUAUUAAAUUAUUAUUUAUAUAGUUUUGUAUCUUGUCAAUAAAUUACUAUUUUAUAGCAUAAAUUUUCUCUAUUUAGCAAAAACAGAAAAGCGACAAUACCGUAUGGUAAAGCGUUCUGGUUUUACUUCCUUCAAAUUGAAUAUUCAAUUUUUUUCUCUUGACCCAAAAUAUUGCUUUUGUCUCAAGUCUCGGAAAAAAUUUUAUUACUCUUCGUUAUUAUACAUUUUCAACGUAUUACGAAACUAAGCACACGUCUUUGUAGAGUUUUAUUUAGCGAAACGGUAAAUGUUCACUGUUUUAUUGUAACUACAGCAAAGGUAUGUGUGUGUGUGUGUGUGUUAGUUCAACAAACCUGACUAAAUCAACAACAAAGUCUAUUGUUAGCGUUGCGUUGUGGUGAUUGAUUAUUUUUUUCCUUUUUUCUAAUUUAUGUUUUUUUUUUUUCAUGUUUUAUUCACAUCGCUAUAUUAUUUUCAUGUAUCAUUAACCCUUCGUAAGUCGAAUCUCUAGUUACAACCGAGGGAAUCGAACGCGAAAUUGGGAGAGAUUUUCUGCCACAGAUGUAGGAAAAAUGGACAUUGAUUUGAAGAAAAAAAACUUUUAUAUUUUUUUUAUAUUUUUAUUUUUUUCUUAGUUUUUAUUUUAACAAAUCAAAUUCAGCUAUAUAUGUGACUUAGUUUUUAAUAACCCUUCAAAGAAAACAUCAAGAUUUAAGAUAAUCAAUGUAGAUGUAUAACAUAAAAAAUAUGUAAGUUUACACAAAAAAAGAAAUGUAAACUGUUAAUACAUAAUUCGUAACAAAAAUGUACAAAAUCAUGUCAAUUGACAACGUGUCAGUUCAAAUGAUCGCGUAAAUUUUUCUAUUAUUAAUAGCGGGUAAUAUUUUUACAAAUGUGGACACAAAUUUAUAGCGUAAAAAUAUAUCAAACAUUUUCUUCACAAAAAUCUGAAGAACAAAAAUCAUCAUUUUCUUUCUUAAAAUGUGAAAUCGUCGACCUCUGCUCAGAUCACAAUUGCUUGUAACUGCACACGCGUGUGUCCGUCUCUCGCAUGUGUUAAAGGCGUGUGUUAAAGGCGCGGAUUUUUCAAUAAACGCGUAAAUGUGAAACGCAAUAUAAAGCGCAAUAUAAAAACAACGAUCUUAAAUCUCUGACCGUGUUCGAUCUACGAAGGGUUUAUAAUUUAAUAUAACAAACCGCUAUAAUUAUUCGUGGUCACAUACGGUAAACCAUUUCUUUCUUUCUGUACAUACGUGUUCUCUAAGACUUGGAAAAAAUGUUAAUAAAUCGGUCGCGUAUAGCGACAGAAGCAGUUCGCGCAACAAUUUUUCGUUAAAGACACAUGCGAAAUGCAAGAAGAAAAUAAAAAAUACAGACAUUGUCAGUCUUUUUUUUUUUUUUUUUCAUAUUACA